UUCAAUCCUUCAAAAUCAUAAUUAAAUAUUAGUAGAUUUUUUUUGCAAUUACAAAAUUCUUUAAAAUUUCAAUCCAUAGAAAAUCUUUCCAAAUUAGUACCCUCUCUCUUUAUAUAUAUUAGUAGUAUAUGUCUAUUUUAUUUAAUUACUCUUCACAGACCUCAAUCCAUUACUCUCUCCUUCCCUCUGAAACUGCGAAUUCCUUUUUUACUCUUCACUCUCUCGUCUACUGCUAUGGCAGAACCAUCCACCGCCGAAACCACCUCCGCCAGCGAUGCUCAUCCGCCGGCGCCGGCGCCGGCUUCCUCGUCGCUCAACGUCGUCGGAUUAACGAGCGACGAGAACAAGAAGCCUUCUCCCAAGUUCUUGGACGAGCCUGAAGACUCCAACAUCCAAGCGGUUUCGUCCGGCGACACUCCGUACACGUCAGCUACCACCUUCGAAGAAUUGAAUCUCUCACCGGAGCUUUUGAAGGGACUCUACGUGGAGAUGAAGUUCCAGAAACCUAGUAAGAUCCAAGCCGUAACCUUGCCUAUGAUCUUGAAUCCUCCGAAUAGGGAUUUGAUCGUACACGCGCAUAACGGUUCCGGAAAAACCACGUGUUUCCUUCUUGGUAUGCUUAGUCGAGUUGAUCCAAAGUUGCAGGCUCCUCAAGCUUUCUGCAUUUGCCCAACCAGGGAGUUGGCUAUUCAGAAUACUGAAGUUCUCCGAAAGAUGGGAAAGUACACGGGGAUUAGCUCAGAAUGUGCUAUACCAGCAGACAGUAGGGAUGCUUUGCCGAUAGCGAAACGGGCACCGAUUAUGGCUCAAGUGGUUAUUGGGACCCCUGGCACGAUUAAUAAGUGGAUGAAUUAUAAGAAACUUGGGGUGACAAGGUUGAAGAUUCUUGUUUUUGAUGAGGCUGAUCAAAUGCUUGCUAAGGAUGGAUUUAAAGAUGAUUCCCUGAGGAUAAUGAAAGGAAUAGAAAAAUUCAAUUCUAACUGUCAGGUUCUUCUGUUUUCUGCUACAUUGAAUGACAUUGUCCAGAAUUUUGUUUCGAGGACAGUUAAGCAGGAUUAUAAUACACUUUUUGUGAAGGAACUAUCUUUAGAUGCCGUAAAGCAAUAUAAAGUUCAUUGUCCUGAUGAACUCUCUAAGAUUGAAGUGAAAAAAGAAUACAUACUCGAAAUAGAAGAGAAUCUGGGGCAAACUAUAAUAUUUGUGCGCACAAGAAAUAGUGCAAAAAUGUUACAUAAAUCACUUGUUGUCGCUCCUGUUGUCGCUCCCGUCGCCCCAAGUAAGGGAGUCGACAAGGGAAAAAGGAAAGUGGUGAACAUUGUGCAGGAGAAUGCCCAGAGUUUGGCGGUCAACCCUUCUGCACCUGAAGUUAUUCCUCCUAAACCAACGGCUUCUGGAAGGAAGAGGGUUGCUAGCGAGGAUUUAAGCUCGCCUAAAGGAGCUAAAAGGGUUAGGGUGGAGCCGACUGAGUCUGGUCAAUCAGGUGGUAGUCUCUCGUUUGCCAUGGAGAGUUUCUGGCGGUGA